AUGGAGGGUGCGGGUUCCGGGGACGUCGCCCAUCAUGUAAAAGGGGUGCCUACCCACGGCGGCCAAUACGUCCAGUAUAACAUCUGCGGUAACCUGUUUGAAGUAUCCAACAAGUACGUGCCCAUCCGGCCCGUCGGCAGGGGCGCAUAUGGCAUUGUCUGGUAGAUCACCUACCUAUUAUUUCUCGCUCUCGCUCUCUAUUCACUGUACGUUGCAUGUUUUUUGCUCGAGUACUUGUCACAACUGGUAUGCACAAUUGCAUUGGAUAGAACAUAUCGCAAUAUUAGAAUUGGACAUAUCGUCUUUAUCAUCUUAAUCAUAAAGAAAUUGCCUUUCUUCUUUUUCUGUCUCGGUCUGGCUAUUUAUCCCGGGGGCGGACCGGAUCCUUUGAUAUGUAGCAACAUCAAGUAUCUUGACUUUGAAGUUCUCUUAUCUCAAGUUACUUUUCGAUUUGGUGUGAAACUUUGUGGUGGAUGUAGGGGAGAGAUUCUGCGAAAAAAAGGAGAAAUUGGCCACCAGCAAGGCAAUUUUCAUGCUCGGAGAAGAUAUUGUUGUAUUUGCAAGCCAUGCCUUUUUCCUUAGUCUCCAUUAACUAAAACCAUCCGGACUUGAGAUGAUGGUUUCCGCCCUUUUAGAAUAUAGGGAGGCAGCUUAUUUGGGUGCAUCUGGGCCAAACUACUUGACAAUGAAAAACGAAAAAAGCAUGUGAAACUGUGCUGUGAUUCAGAGAUGAAGAAUGUUUUUGAAACCAGUACAGGAUAGCAAAUGUAACAUAGGUGGAUAAUAUUUAUUAUGAUGUUAGAAAUAUCUGGACCAGUGCCAUCCCAUUGUUCUUUCUUUUCAAAUGAAGAACGGAAGAAAUGGAGUGCAUUCGCAAAAAUCUGUUCGCGACCCAUAAUUAAUUCUAAUUUGCUCCUUUCAGAGUUUAAGUCAAACACGAUUUAUGACAGUUAAUGGAAAAAUUCACAUUGCUCGUUCCAGAAAAAGAGAAAGGAGAUGACCAUUUACAGAUGACUCAAGUCCGGAAAUGAGUAUUGGAUGUUGUAAACUUAUUUUAAUUUUAGUGUUCCAAACAUAGAAGGAAAAUAUGGAGUUCAUAGGAUCGAUUAGCCUGGGAUUGGGGCAAAAAAAUCACUUCUUAGGGCCUUUGUGGGGUUGAAAUGUAUCGUUUAUUUCUUAGUUGUUUAUUUUUGUGUCGCAUCUGGCUUAGGCUCUCCAUUGUGGCAGACAUUAGUUGAAACCUUUUGGCAGUUAUGAGGGAAUAUCAAAGGGCCGGAUGUAGAACCAGAUGCUUGGAGAGGCCCAAAAAGUAUGCUAGCUCUUGGAAGAUCAUUUCAACUUAUUGUAGUAUACGUUAUACUUCCUCUAAUGAAGAAAGCAUUGAAUUACACAUUUUCUACCGUUAGUCCGUCCUCGUGAUUGGACAGUUCAUGAAUAAAACUUGUAGCGGGUUGAAGUCAUUGUUAUGAAUGGCACAAGCUUCCAUACUUCCCAAGUGUGAUAAACACGGACUUACCUGUAUACAUAACAAUCUUUUCCUAAAUUUUCACUGGGAGAUGACUUGAUUAAUUUAGGACAGUUACAAAUUUGAUUCUCACGAUGGUGAAAGCUAUGAUUUUAGUCUUCUGGGUUAUACCUUGUUAACAUAAUUAUUCAGUUAUUAAUGGCUGAUGUGUAUCUUUAUUACUUAUUUAUCAUAUUUUUACGCCAUUUUUUCUGUUUUAUAGUUUUUAUCCUGUAAAUACAGCUGGUCCAUGUUAGAAAACUCACCAAAUAAACAAUACAGUAGACCUGGCAAUGAGAUUCAUUAUACAAAACAUAUUACUUACAUUUCGUAAAUGGCCCUUAGUGUUGUGACUUGAAUCUAUUUGUACUCCUUUUUCCUUUCGAUGUAAUGGUGUCAUGGGGCCAAUCUGCUAGGUAAGGUAUCAUGUUCCCAAUUUGCUCGGAUAAAAAAGAAGAAGUAAUAUCUGUACUCGCAAACUUGCCCUGACCGUCAAAAUAUCAACUGUACGAAUGCCAUGUUUUUGUGCACCCAUUAAUGUCAAAAUAAAAUAGAAACAAAAAGGCCUCCAGGUAUUUGUUAAAAAAAGAAUUUGCACGUAUGUUGGCAAAUACGAAAGAUGCCUGCUCCUUUUAACAUCGGUUAUGAUGAGCUCCUUACUUUCUGUGUUGUUAUGAGCAAGUCUGUCGCGUCCAUUUGGAUCAUGAACUAUCAUAAUUGCAAGGACGUAAUAAUUUAGUAUUUUUUCUGCAACUUCAUCGAACUAUCUUCUGUAAAUGACUUCUUUUAGAUGGCGCUCCAAAAGGAGAAAAUCUCUGUCGAAAUGCCAUAUAGGUGGAGAUUUACUUGGCCGUCCCACUCCUAACAAAUCUGAAAGCUCGUGGUCUCUUUUGUAUUUGGCUUCAAUCUUUUUAUUUCUCUUCAUAUUUCCUGGGUUCUUUCUGGCGCUGCCCAAUUUAUUUUCCUCCCUUGUGCCUUUUGUUUUGUAAUAUCCACAUUUUCUCAAUUGUUGAUUCCACGGGAAAGGAUUUUAGAUUGCAUGUACUAGUCAAACAUAAUUACAGGCCAUAUAAGAGUCAUACUACAGUUUGAUCGAUACUGACUUUUUUUAUGCAGUUUAAUUUCAUAUUAUUUUGAAAACUCACAGCCACAGUAGGUUUCAAUAAUGAUGUGCGUACCAAAUGCUUGGAAGUAAUGUUCUGCAGAAUAUUAUUUUUUUCCAUGUUUGAUGAGGACUUUAUAAUCUUAUUAUGUUUUGUAAAAUAGACUUUCAUUCAUUAUCAGAUGAUAAAUGUAUCAAUUUUCUUUUCUGUAGUGCUGCUAUAAAUUCUGAGACUCGUGAAGAGGUUGCUAUUAAGAAGAUUGGCAAUGCAUUUGAUAAUAGGAUUGAUGCUAAAAGAACUCUGAGAGAAAUAAAACUGCUCCUCCAUAUGGAUCAUGAAAAUGUAAGUCCGCCAAUUUCUUUGAUUAACUUUUCGUUUUUUUUUUAAGUAUGAUGAAUUUCAGGAUUUUUCUUUGCUUCUUCUAACUUUUGCUUUUAUGUCAGAAGUUGGGGCAACUAUUGGAAAGUGCCUUGUUUUUAUAUUUGGCCUAGAAUUCAGACUUUCCAUUUUUUACCUUGUCGAUUAUUUAUUCCUCAAAAAAAUAUUGAAAAUUAGGGCAAUACAUAUUGCGCUAUACAUUUUAUUUUCUUGCCCUCACUGCCAAAGGUUUUAAAAGUUGGUAUGCAACGGAGCAUGUCAGAUGAGAAUGGAGUUUCUUUUGGUUUAUGUACCAUGUGAUUUCAUUCUGAUAAGUUAUUUUCUGAUAAAUUUGAAGUCAGAUAAGGUUUGUCUAUUCGUUCAGACGUCACAGGUUCUGAGGCUGACAGAGGGAUCAAAUCCAACCCAUCUAGUGAGCAAGAAAUCUCAUAGAUCUUUUUUCAUUGUAGACUGUGCCACCACUCCAUACUAAUUGAACCAGGGUCUGCUGACUUAGUCAGACUCGUAAGAUCUGGCUCAGCUUUUCAGGUUACUGAGUUAUGAUCAUUUUGAAGAUAGACCGAGUCAGUUUUCCUCUGUCAGGAAAAAGCUAAGCAGGUCUGCAUUUUCGGGAAUGGCUUCAGCUCGUUUAGAUGCUGGCCUAACUCAGUUGAGAUUUUCGCUGAUGUAUGAUCAAUCCUCUGCAAAUCAACCUGAACCAUUUGACUUUUGUCUCGUCAGAAAUCAUUAUGUGCUAGUUUUCAGCUUCUGUUGGCUAAUAAGCCAGCUGUGAGUUUUACAAGUUGCAUUCUGAUCUGUAUGUUCUGUUUUCGUCAGAGAUGAGCUUAGCUGGUUUACUGUUGUGUUGCCUAUCUUCUUUCAUUUUGAAAGAUUUUUCUGUUUCAUUUUUGAAAUCUUCUGAUGCCAUAAAGAUGAGCCUAUUUUUCUUCAAUACACAGGUGAUUGGCAUCAAAGAUAUCAUACGCCCUCCAAGAAGAGAAAACUUCAAUGACGUUUACAUUGUCUAUGAGUUAAUGGAUACCGAUCUCCAGCAGAUAAUACGCUCCAAUCAGCCAUUGACAGAUGAACAUUGCCAGGUUUUGUGCCAGAUAUUUUUCUAGGAACCUUAAAUUUUCAUCUGUAUAUUAUCUAGAAUUUAUGCUCGUGGCUAUUUUAUUUUCAUCUUUAAAUUUUCUUGGCUGCGACGUUCACAACUUGAUGUUUAUCGGUUUUAUUUUAAAAGGGAUUACUUCCACAUAUGCGUCAACCAAUGCGGUCUGCCAUUUUCUCAGAUUGUGAGAUGUAUCUAUACGAAUGUAGGGGGAAAAAUGUGAUAACGGUAGAUGAAGGAGCAUGACCCAAUUUCUAGUUUUCUUUCUCGAGCCAUAGUUACCUUAAUAAAUUUGAACGUUUCCAGAAAGUCUCAAUCAUCAUAUGCUGCUUCUGCUACUUUUCUUUGUUAUUUCUUUCUCUUUAAACGCCUUUCUAUAUUUUAUUCGGUAUUUGAGGCACGUUGGAGCAUGGCUGUCUUGCUGUUAUUUUUGAGUUUUCUGACUUGCGGGGUUACUUGAAAUGUCCUUCAGUUAGUAAAGUAGGCCCCAGGAACUUGAUGAAAGUAUCAGAAUUUGCCAGUAGACAGCAAUUCACUUUCAGUGUCUUGGUUUCUUUUUAUCUGAUGUCCACUGCAGCGAUGCUCUACUUCCCCUCCAUCUUCUGUUUCCCUUUGUCUCUUGCAUCUUUUUCUGUUUUGUAUGCUCUCGAUUUUUUUCUAACCCAAUGAUCCUUUUGGUUUGUAUUUGACAACGAUCUACUGUUGCUUUCUCCUCUUCUGCAGAGCUUCAUUCAUUGCAUUUCUAAUUUUUUUUCAUUGAACACCGUUCUUCUCCACAAAAAAUUCAAGGUUUUUAUGGUAAUAGGAUUAUACUUUUUUGUUCAAAUACGCAAGAAAACGUCGAAUAAGAGAAAACUAUAUAUUUGUUUGUUUGCCUUUAUCUGCAUGAAGAACUCCUAAAUUUUCUCUUCCUUUUUCUGAAUAUGUUAAAGCCUCUUUUCUGUCUGAAGGCAUGCAUACCGAAUACUAUAACUUCAUCAUAUAGAUAAAGAAACUAAUACUACAGGAGCAGCGACCUUCCAAGCCCAAAUCACAGGCUUAGUGUCCUUGAUCGCUUAUGCCAAAAGAGGAAACUUUUCGUCUGUAUAAUGUUUCAAUCAGUGACUGCCCGUUAAUGAUGGUAUAUUAUUCGCUUAAGAUGUCUAUUGUAUUCCGAAUUAGUGCAAGCCUGUUGUGAUUAGGGUAUCUUUGCCUUCUUGGAGUGCAUCUAGACUUAAGUAUGAUGUCCUUAUGAUCUCCAGUUUUUCAAUCUUGCAUCAACUAUUUGUGACCUAGAUUGCGUUUUAAUAUAAAAUACGACUUGGGCAUUAAUCCCCGUCUCAUCAUUCUUCUCCCACUCCAUUUGUCUUUCAUCCCUCGAUCAUCACUAAACGGGAUAUAACAUGUUUUCAGCGCUGGUCUAUGAUAUGUCCAAAUAUUUGAAUGGCUUUGAGCCGGUCUCAUUAUAUUGAUACUUGGCGUUUACUUUUUUGAAAUUUCUUAUUGCAUCUGGCUGUAAGAUGCUGUGGGACAUUUAUGGGUUUUGAUAAAAACAAGAUGCAGGAUGGAAAAUAGCAUUUUCUAUAACAACUUAGUGAACGGUUCUUGGAAUUGGUAGAGAAUACCCAACCAUGACAGCCGCAUAUGCUCUGGAGUUUGCAAAAGAUUUUCUAUGAUAAGGGAAUCCCAUGUUUCCAACAUAAGAUCGGAACAUUCUGAUCUCACAUGCUUGAAGACAAUCUUGCCAUAUUACAUUUCAAUCUGUCAUUGUCAGUGAAUUGAGAGUCUGGAUUAUCUUCGAAUUGUUUUCUAAUUCCUGUUCCUCAUCUCGUCUCCUUUCAUCUGCACGGUGUCAUGAUAUGAUGUAUUCUUAUACCUUUUGGUGCAUAUCUGUGAUGGGUUUUUUCUUCGUGCAGUAUUUUCUAUAUCAGCUAUUACGCGGUUUGAAAUACGUGCACUCUGCCAGUGUUUUGCAUCGAGACCUUAAACCAGGCAAUCUGUUCCUGAAUGCAAACUGUGACCUAAAGAUUGGAGAUUUUGGGCUGGCGAGAACGACCUCCGAGACAGACUUCAUGACUGAGUACGUUGUCACUCGUUGGUACCGUGCUCCUGAGCUACUCCUAAAUUGUUCGGAGUACACUGCCGCCAUCGACAUUUGGUCGGUAGGAUGUAUUCUAGGUGAGAUUGCAACCCGGGAGCCGCUCUUUCCAGGCAGAGACUAUGUCCAUCAGCUGAAGCUCAUUACGGAGGUAUGGUUCCUAUAUUUAAGCUUUUUCAUGGAAUGUAAGUUACGGGAUCUUACUUAAUAUGGAUGCUCAAGAACUCAUGUUUUGAUAGAGAAAUCGGUGAGUUUCUUCCCUAUUUUUAUUUGCUAUCCAAUCUCCUCUGGUUUUGAAUAAUCUGGUCAGAUGUCAAACCCUGUAGCAAAAUGUUUUGAAUAAUUUGAUGGAUCGUCCGGUUUCAAAUGCCUGGUGGGAACUUGCAGAUCUUCUUGGCCCACAAAAGUUUUACAAUCACCUGAAGUUUAUGAAUCAUCAGUUGACUAAACUAGAACGGAACACAAUCUUCUGAUUUCCAUGUGAUGUUAAGCUGCAGCCGUCAGAACUCCGUCACUCACAUCUGCAGAACCUUUUCAAAUCGAUGGUCAAUUCCCAGGAACCCUAUAAAUAUCAUCUUCAUUUUCCUUCCCUAGAUAGGUUUUCAUGCCAUGGUGUUCUUCUUUCUGAGGAGUUCUGAGUUGGACAGGUCUUUGAAUGCUUUUAACGAGAGCCAACUGGAAAUGAGAUCAGGCUGAUCCUUACUGGCCCAUGCUAACUUAUAAAAUUGGGUUCUUUUAAUUAAUUUAUCAAAAUAGUUUCCAUUUAAUUUAUAAACGAAUAAAUAAAUAUCUUGCUGAAUCUCGAGUUCCUGUGUUUUCAGCUUCAGUUUGACUCCUGUUUAUUCUCUUCACUUUUGAAAGCUGAUAGGAUCACCGGAUGACUUGAGCCUUGGUUUUCUCCGGAGUGAUAAUGCCCGAAGAUAUGUCAGACAGCUCCCACAGUACCCAAAACAGCAAUUUGCGAGGAGGUUUCCUCGCAUGUCUCCUGGAGCCGUUGACCUCCUCGAGAGAAUGCUUGUGUUUGACCCAAGUAGGCGAAUAACAGGUUUGAUGUUCAUCAUUUACGAUUUUCUCUCUCUCUCUCUCUCUCUCUCUCUCUCUCGCUGUUGUCUCCCCCAUCUGUGAUAAUCUGUCUCAGCUGCUGUACUCUUGCUGUGCAGUUGACCAAGCUCUCUGCCAUCCAUACCUGUCAUCGCUCCACGACCUCAAUGAUGAGCCAGUUUGCCCUCAUGCUUUCAAUUUUGACUUCGAGCAGCCCUCAUUCACAGAGGAAAAUAUCAAGGAACUCAUAUGGAGGGAAGCUCUAAACUUCAAUCCUGUCCCUCAGUGA